UUCAAGGUCAAGCGCCUCCGCGCGAAGGUCAAAAACACUCGAGCACGCACGCACGCACACCCACACGCAACAGCAGGCACGCAGCCAGUCGUCGCCAGACGCCCGGACAGCGCCGGUGUUGCAGCCGCAGCGAUGGCGUCCCUGGACAGCGCCCUGGCGCACUUCGUCACCGAGUACCGCUGGGCGUUCGCCGCGUUCUUCCUGCUGCCCGCCUCGCUGCUGUACGAGCUGUUCUUCUCCCUGCGCAACUGGGUCGUGUUCCAGCUGAACACCGCGCCCGGGAGACACGCCUCCAGGGUCAAGCACGUCCAGGCACAGGUGAAGCAAUGGCGGGAGUCCGGCAUGGAGGUGAAGAUGUGCACGGCUCGCCCAGCCUACCAGACCAUGUCCCUCACGAAGCCCAAGUACAAGAAGACUCUGCACAACAUCCACAUCAACCUCAUAGACGUGCUGGAAGUCAACACCGACAAAAUGACGGUGAGGUGUGAGCCCAUGGUCACGAUGGGUCAGCUGACGGCCACCUUGAACCCGCUCGGCCUCACCAUCCCCAUCGUGCCGGAGCUGGACGACCUGACAGUUGGUGGCCUGGUGAUGGGGACCGGCGUGGAGUCGUCCUCGCACAAGCACGGUCUCUUCCAGCACAUCUGCGUGUCGUACGAGCUCGUGCUGGCCGACGCCAGCGUGGUCACCUGCUCCAGGGAAGAAGAUCCAGAUCUGUUUUAUGCCAUACCUUGGUCGUACGGAACUCUGGGGUUCUUAACGGUGGCAGAAAUCAAAAUUGUGCCUGCCAAGAAGUAUGUGAAACUGGAGUACUUCCCCUACCACGAUCUCGGCAAGAUGGUAGACGCGUUCAAUCGAGAGAGUUGCAGCAAGAAAGCGGACUUUGUUGAAGGUCUCAUGUACUCCAAAAACGAAGGCGUUCUGAUGACGGGCAACAUGGUUUCAGACUGCGAGCCAGACAAGUUGAACGUCAUCAGCAAGUGGUACAAACCGUGGUUCUACAAGCAUGUCAGUGGUUUCUUGAAAACCGGUCCAGCUGUGGAGUACAUUCCGCUACGGGACUACUACCACAGACACACCAGGGCCCUCUUCUGGGAAGUUGAGAAUAUAAUAUUGUUCGGCAACAAUGUCCUGUUUCGGUACUUGUUUGGCUGGAUGAUGCCGCCGAAGGUGUCGCUGCUGAAAGUGACGGAAACAGAGGCACUCACGAAGCUGUACGAAACUCAGCACAUCGUCCAGGACAUGCUGGUUCCCGUCAGAGCUAUCAAGGAUUCCAUAGAGAAGUUUCACAACACUGUGGAGGUGUACCCGCUGUGGCUGUGCCCCUUCAGCCUGCCGCCCGACCCGGGCAUGGUGCACCCCGCCGGCGACGAGGAAGAGAUGUACGUGGACGUGGGGGUCUACGGCAUCCCCCGGCGCCCUUUCGAGGCCGUCAGAGACACCCGGGACCUGGAGGACUUCGUGGAGAAGGUCAAAGGUUUCCAGAUGAUGUAUGCGUACUCGUACCGCACGAAGGAGGAGUACCGCAGGAUGUUCGACCACUCGCUGUACGAUCGGGUGCGCGAGAGGAACUACAGCACGAAGGCGUUCCCCGAUGUGUUCGAGAAGGUCAACAGGAACAUGAGGGCUUGAAGCCGGGCUGCAAGAACAGCGCCCUGCACGUGACGUGCUUGAAGAUGUCUUUGCUCUCUCGCAAUACUACAUCGCUUUUUCAAUUCAUUGACAUACUUGUUGUGUAUCUUCAUUGAUAAAAACAUUUUACUAGAAAAUUAAAAUGUUUAAAACUGA